AUGGACCCAGUAUCUCUCGCUCUGGCGGUGGUCAGCGUGACAGACCUCUGCUUCAAGUACGGGAACAGACUUAUCGGCCUAUGUCGUCAAUACCAGAGCCUGGCCUCUGACCUCGCUGAGAUUAUCCUAUCGAUUCAGGCAGCCUGGAUAAAAAUGGACAUCCAGCUCAAGUCGCUGCGAUCUCUUUGCGACAAGCUGGACUACCCAUUACUUUUGCUCUACCAUGAUGCGCUAACCCUACUUGAGGCCAAGCUCGCCAAAGCCACUGACAGCUUCCAGGUCAUUCAACGAAAGAAUAACGAGGCUUUUCAUGUACACCAGAAGCUCAAGGCCGUAUACCUGAAGCGCGAGCUCAGCCAAACGGUCGAGGAUCUUGAGGGGUGGCAAAGAAGAUUCGACCCAUCCUGGUAUCUCAUCACCAGGAUUGCCGACCCGGACGUUGAUAGGCGGCUGCGCGAUGUUCGCCGCAGCCAGCAUACGCACCCGUCCUCGUCGACCUUCCCAUCACCUGCUGCGCGGCUGACCUGGAUGCGAGAGUCCAUCCAGCAAAUUUCCCCUCAGAGCCUCCCGUCUGACAGUGAUGGACCAAACUUCAAAGAUGCUGCUGCGGUCAGUAGUGGGAUGUACAGGGUGGAAGGAACUGAUGCAUACCUGUCAAGAUUGAAUAACACACCUCGCCGUGUCCUCCUCGACCCAGCGAACCUCCACCUAGGCCACGCUCAGAGUCAGAUAUCUCCAGCGACAUUGAGGCAGAACAUUCGCGAUCUAGCAAGACUACUCCGGCAUGUUGACCCAUCGACAUUUCACCUCUUGCGAUGUGACGGCAUCGUCGAACUUCCAACCACCCAGGGAAACCAGUUCCAUCUACUGUUCGAGAUCCCUCAAAACCUGCAGCUAUCGAAACCCAAGGCCUUGAGGAGCCUUCUGCCGCACACAGGCAACGGUAAAAAAUGCUCUUUAACCCAACGACUUUUGCUAGCAAAGCAACUCGCGCACUCAGUCAUGUUCGUGCACGCCGCCGGCUUCGUGCAUAAGAACAUCCGCCCGGGGACAAUCAUCGCCUUCCAAGACGACACCAGCGACCGUCUAGGUCCCUCAUUCCUGAUCGGCUUCGAGCGAAUCCGGCGGGCAGAAGGCCGCACCGACAAAUUUGGGGAUCUAGACUGGGAAAAGAACCUCUACCGCCAUCCCCUCCGCCAAGGUCUGCAGCCAGAGGAGAUAUUCGAGAUGCGACACGAUAUUUACAGUCUUGGCGUAUGCUUGCUCGAGAUUGCGCUGUGGGAAUCAUUCGUCAAUUUCGAUAGUCGGGGGCAAGUAACCCCCUGGUCCGGCCUAAAUAUCACAGCAGCCCUACAGGAUACAGACCAGCGCCGCGGCGCCUUCGCCGUCAAGGAGCGGCUGGUGGACAUGGCCAGGGAUGCGCUGCCGAGUUUGGUCGGGGAGCGGUUUACCGGGAUUGUCCUUGCUUGUCUGUGCUGCCUGGACCAGAGCGUGGAUAAUGCUUUGUGGGACCCGAAGGAAUUGCAGGAUCGAGAUGGGAUUGUGGUUGGAGUCAAGUAUAUUGAGAAUGCAGAUAAUGUCAUUGGCACAGUGACUGAUAGUCAUGACGACUAUACGGGAGCGUACAUUUCCAUCAACCGCUCCACGUCUCCUUGA